AUGGAUUUGGCCAGCGAAUCCUCGGUGGGCAAAACCGGGGACAAGUCCGAGGCAAUCGCCCAAGACCUCAUCGCUGUGAUGUUGUAUUACAUUCUUUUGGCAGUAUGCGUACUAGCUCGUGGAGAGAAAUGGAUCAGAGAUGUCUGCAUAGCAGCGGCAUUGAUCUUACCAGCCGUGGCUGCGGUGCAUGGGAUCGUUCUUGCAGCGCUCCAUGUAAAUGACGCUGCCGAUAUGGAUAUCUACGGGGCGCUUCAAUUUUGCUCCAUUGGCAUUCUCGCAGUUCCGUUGACGGUCAAGAAGUCCGAGACGUACUUCCACGAAAAGGGACGCAACACUGUCUUUGUGUGGACGAGUCUGUUACUAGCAGGGCUCGUGAGCUUGGCUGUCGAGUUCUACCGAUCCAAUUCUAUUCCCUGCUAUCAAGACAACAACGGCAAUCCAAUAUCGUCGGACCCGAGAAAGUUCCCUUACGGAGACAGUCCAUUAUGCGGUAUUACCUGUUCCCAGACAGACGGGCCGUUUUCUCGCUUGAGGCAAAAGGCUGCUAGUGAAAUUUUCGUGGUGCCGAGGCCGAACGAGCUUCGAUUUGGAAACGCCAUGUUUCUCGCGGUGGCAUGUUGCGUUCCGGCCAUAAUCUCGCUCAUCUCUAUGAGAAACAAGAUCGUUAUCACCGAUUGGAUCAAGAGGCAGAACGGGCCGCAGAAGGAAAAGGGAAACGAAUCCGAUGAAUCCAAGGAUAUACACAGAACGUUUAGCGGGUUCCUGAAUCUGAUCGAGAUCUUCGUUUUUGGCGGCGCUGCCUUAGCCAUUCUCAUCCUCGGAGAGAUCAAUCUUUGGAGCCCCCAGAUGGACUAUCAUACCGAGCCAUUUGGAAGCGUUGGCCAAUGGGGCACCAUUGUUGCAACAGGGCUAGCAAUCGUGGGAUCAUUCCUCAUUUACCUCCUAGACGGUAUAAACGAGGCCCCGAAAGACCCGCUUAGCAUCUGUGGCUGCGAACACUGUCGAUUGAUCUAUGAUCGGGCUCGAGAGGUAGACUCGGAGUCUUUCCAAGAAAGUGAAGAUGGGCAUGCAGACCACAUUGAGCAUGGCUUACCGCCACUCACGAGCACAUCUACGCGCGGAACUCAGGCAACCAAGCAAGGUCCGGGACAUAGACGAAAAGUCUCUGCCGGCCUGGUCAAAGUUGGCAAAUGGUUCGGCAGCACUACCGAAGAUCCAUUUGGGGCCCCCGACUACAGGGAAAGGCAGUGGCCAGAAGUUCCUGGAGAGCGGUUCAGAAGUUCCGCCUUGAAAGACACGGCUGAACAGUACAGCACAUACCGAGAACAUGAACCACAGGAGCCAGUAUCACCAGGACACCACUCAGGAAGCGAAGGCGGGCCCGCGACGCCACGACCUAUAUCACCCAUAUCACAGGAAUCGCCAUUGUCGCAUCCGCCACCGAGCAGAGCUAGGCCAAGGAACAACUCGGAGCCUGUUUAUUCACGAUCGCCAUCGCGGCGGCGACCAGGCUCGCCUUCUUCUCCGGCUGGAUCGCCCGAAGGCCCGCGAACUCGACGCCGGCAGACUCUUGAGGUCCCUGGGCAACGUCAUUUGUGA